AUCACCGGAAGAUUUAAAGUUUGCUGCCUCGAGUGGGAGUUUCAGUUUAAAUGCCCACCCCGUCCACUGGGGAGCAGCUUGAAUCCAAAGGGGCGGGGGGCGGGAAGCUGAGCUGAGAUUUAAAUCUUAACCGCCGCCAUGUGUGAACAUUUUUAAAAAAUAACCCUCCAGACUGGUCAGAAAGUGAAGGGGAAACAAUAUGUCGGAAAAUGUCAAGAUAUGUUCUUAAUUAUUAUGAUGAUGGUGGUGGUGAUGAUAAAGUAAAUGUUGUUGGUUGUUGUGUGCCCUGGCAGGGGGCAGGACGCGCGCUCUCGCUGUGAUGGCUGCCGGGGCCUGGCGGUGGAGGCGAGGCCAGGGCUCCCUCACAUCACCAGCUUCUAACCCUGUUUGUUUGCAAAUUAUUUUUUCUUCCUCCAGCACCGCCCAAACUUCAACGAUCUGGCGAUCAGUGGAGUUGGAGAACCCUCUCCGGCCAGAUAGUUAACCCACACCUGUAAUUUACUGUUAUCCGUAAAACAUUUUGCAGUGGAUUUGCUUCGAUAUUGGGGAAAAGUGAGGACUGCAGAUGUGCUCUUACUUUGAUAUUGGUUUGUUUGUCAUCUUUGGAUAACGCCCCCAAGACCAGAGGACUGUGUUGAAACAAGGGAGUCUUAAUAUAUUUCCCAGGAGAAUAAAUGUGGACUUUGUGAUAUUCAACGAUUUAAUUCUAAUAUUUAUUUUUCAUCGUUUUACUGAGUUGUUAUAGUUGCCUUUAUGUUGCUUACUGUGCGUCAAUUCUUGUUUAAUCAGUCUAAUGCAAUAUUCCAUCUUCGUAGAAGCUCAUGUUUUCCUCUCUGGGGUGGUAAGCGUGAUUUAAUGAUACGAUUAUGGAAUAUUUAGUGGAUUAUGUGUUAUUGUGAGUUUCCUUGUAAUCAGUGAUUUCCUUGAUUCCCUGCCAGUGGCAAAUUGAGUAAAUCCAAAUUUUAAUUUUAAAACUCUGGGCUGAUUAUAAUUGGGGACGCUACAAUUUAUCCAGGAGCGUGGUUGUAAGCAGCAUCAUUCUUAAUUGCCAACUGGUGAUCAUUGUUUGUGUCAAUGUUAAGUGAAAACAGGAAUGACCUUAGUCGUGAUACGUCUUUAACUGACAAGUCUUCGAGCUCUGUGGUCAAGGAAUGUCUAUUUUGGAACAGUUUCAAUACCAGUAAAUACAUUGUCAAGGAAUGAAUGCCUUCAGUAAAUGAAUCUAGCUUUCAAGAAUAAUAAUUUUAUCUUUUUGGACUCUAAGUACAAGAUCCACAGUGAAAAAAGUGGGUAAGGAGGCAGAACUGAAAAUGCCAAAUAUAACAGUGAAAUACUGCAGAAAUGGUGUUUUGUAAAUCUAGUGAAUUAAUCCAAAUUAAUUCCUUUUCUUUGGUUUUACAAUCAUUGGUAAAGAUGCAUCGUUCAUAAACAAUGGCUACUGUUGUAAAAUGAAGAUUGUAUAGUGUACAGUUUGUAAGCCUGUUUCAUUUUGCAGUUUAGACAUUUUUCCCCUCAUUGUUUCAACUUCGUGAUUAUGGAUGCUGCCCCCGCCACCGCCGCUGCUGCCACCACCACGUUGCUGCUAAUGACAUUUAGUUUCAAAUUUGAUUUUUUAAGUUCAUUCAUGGGAUGUACGCAUGACUGGCCAGGCCAGCAUUUAUUACCUAUCUCUGUUUACCCAGAAGUGUCAACAUAUUGCUGUGAAUCUGGAGUCACAUGUCGGCAAGACCAGGUAAGGAUGGUAGUUUCCUAAAAGGGCACUUGUGAACUAGGUGGGUUUUUGUGACAAUGGUUUCAUGGUCACCAUAGAUUCCUAAUUCCAGGGAUUUAUCAAAUUCAAAUUCCACUAUCCAUCAUGGCAGGAUGGAAACUUGGGUCCUUUUACUAGGACCUCUGGACUAAUAGUUGAGCGGUAGUACCAGUAGGCCAUCACCUUUAUGAGGCACAUCAUGCAGAUCACCAAGACUAAUCUUAUGCUUUCCCAAUCUUUCUCAAAGACGUUCCAGGAUCAUCAUCAGAAUCAGCAAUUCUUGCUGACAUAUUUCUGUAUUUUGUCAAGGACAGGGUUCUCAACCUUUUGCACUUGAUGUGUCACCAAUCAUUCUUUUAAAUAAAACCUGGUCCCACCAUAAUAAAAACAAAACCCAACAUUCUAAAGGCUGUAUUUUUACAUUUGCAUGUAUUUUAGUACUAUAUUAAAAAUAAUUGAAAUUUUUAAGGACAUUAAAGUUUCCAAUGAUAUACUGUGAAUAAGUUUUAUUGCUAAAUUAUAUUUUUUUAAAAAUCAGAUAACGAUUUAGUCAAUAGAAAAACCUGUGGUUACAUUUCAUUAGCAAACAAAUCAAUGUUUGGCUUACCACUUAGAUGACCUUAAAGUUCUGCUCGUGGUUGAGAACACAGGUUCAGGGUGCUGAGACCAAUUGUGGAACCUUGUGGAACUGCUGACCCAGUGAAAUAUGCUAAUUCAGCACAGACCAGAUAUCAAAUUACAGACAGUCCCAUCUUUAUUAUGUUAUUUAUUUAUUUAUUCUUUAACACAUGGAGACAUACUUGAUUUUAUUAUGUUGCCUUGCCCAGUAGCAAGGAGGCACAGAGCAUAAUUCAAUAUAAAUAAUUCCUCAGAGCGGUUUGGUUAUAAUACAAACAAAAUUGAAGAUUGAAUUGAAGUAUUUAUUCAAAGAGUGUUUACAACUGCUGGUAAAAAAUAAAUGUGCUAAUUUAUGCAAGCUGAGUGUUGUUUCACCAUGGAAAGUCCGUUGCAGAAUCAGCAUGGACCUUAUCUUAUUAGCUGCCAUUCCAAAAGCAAGCUGUCAGAAAAAUAAUUGGUCAUCUGUGCUUUAUGCUGGCGUCACUAUGGAUAUGGUAACAUUGUGGCUAUGCUGAGAGUAUAGAUCAUCUACUAAUGAUUUGAGUUCAAAAUCCAACAUGGCAGCAGCAUAAUUUAAAUUCAAUAAAAUAAAGCUGAAAUACAAUAAUAGUAUCAGUAAUGGUGACUAUGAAAACAUUAAACGUAAACACAUCUUAUUCACCAAUGUUCUUUUUAGGGUAAGGAAUCUGCUGCCCUUACCUGUUUCUCCCUAUAUGUGAUUCCACAUUCUCCUAUGUCUUCUGGACUCUUUGUGCUUUCUGAAAUGGCCUAGCUGCUGGGUUAUAUUCACCAGAAUGAAGGCCGACCAUCACCAUCUAGAGGAUACUUCAGAUAGACAUCCCACAUCAUGCUGCAGUUGUGCCGAGAUUAUGUCUGUGCUAUUCUUCCAUGCCAUGAAGUACAAACCACAUGAUCCUAAGAACCCUAACAAUGAUCGGUUUGUACUCUCAAAGGGCCAUGCAGCUCCAAUUUUGUAUGCAGCUUGGGCAGAAGCUGGUUACCUGAAUGUAAAUCAGUUGCUAACACUGAGGAAAAUGGGUUCCAUUCUUGAAGGGCACCCUGUUCCGAAACUAGCUUUUGUUGAUGUUGCUACUGGAUCCUUGGGGCAGGGUCUAGGAGCUGCUGCUGGCAUGGCUUAUACUGGGAAAUAUUUUGAUAAAGCCAGUUACCGUGUAUUCUGCCUGUUGGGAGAUGGAGAAUCAUCUGAAGGCUCAGUCUGGGAGGCAAUGGCGUUUGCUUCUCACUACAGACUCGACAAUUUAUUGGCUAUUAUUGAUGUUAACCGCCUGGGUCAAAGUGACCCUGCGCCACUGCAGCACAAAGUUGAAGCCUACCGCAAACGUUGUGAAGCUUUUGGCUGGACUACUGAAGUGGUAGAUGGGCACAGUGUUGAUGAACUCUGCAAAGCCUUUUGGCAGGCCACCAUGGUCGAAAACAAGCCAUGUGUUAUUAUUGCUAAGACCACUAAAGGAAAAGGCAUUGAAGGUGUUGAAGAUAAAGAAAAUUGGCAUGGCAAGGCCAUUCCAAAAGAUAAGCUGCAAGAAACUAUUCAAGCAAUCAAAUGUAGGAUCCUAGAGGGCAAGAAACUUACCCCAGGGCAGCCAGUGGAAAGUGCAUCAACUGUGAAUAUUGAAGACAUCCAACUUGGUGCGCCACCCAAAUAUAAGCAUGCUGAAAAGGUAGCCACACGAAAAGCCUUUGGAACUGCCCUGGCAAAAAUAGGUCAUAGCAAUGACCGUAUUAUUGCAUUAGAUGGGGAUACAAAGAACUCAACAUUUUCAGAAAUGUUUAAAAAGGAAUACCCCAAGCGUUAUAUUGAAUGUUUCAUAGCAGAACAGAACAUGGUAAGUGUUGGUGUUGGUUGUUGUGCACGGGACAGGACCGUUCCAUUUGUCAGCACUUUUUCUACUUUUUUCUCCCGAGCAUUUGAUCAAAUUCGCAUGGCAGCAAUUUCUGAAAGCAAUAUCAAUCUUGUUGGAUCCCACUGUGGUGUCUCAAUUGGUGAGGACGGACCUUCCCAGAUGGGUUUGGAAGAUCUUGCUUUAUUCCGAGCCAUUCCCACAGCAACAAUUUUUUAUCCAAGUGAUGCUGUGUCAACUGAACGGGCAGUAGAACUGGCUGCUAAUACCAAGGGUAUUUGCUUCAUCCGAACUACCCGACCAGAAACUACUAUAAUUUAUAAAAAUACUGAAAUGUUUGAAGUUGGAAAAGCUAAGGUUCUGAAGAAGACUGAUAAGGAUAUGGUUACCAUUGUUGCUGCUGGGGUGACAAUGCAGGAAGCGUUGACUGCAGCUGCUAAAUUAGCUGAAGAGGAUAUCUUUAUCCGAGUGGUUGAUCCAUUUACAAUUAAACCACUUGAUGAUAAAACUAUUGUAUGUUGUACUAAAGGCACCAAGAAAAAGCAUGUUAUCACUGUGGAGGAUCACUAUUACGAAGGUGGUCUUGGUGAAGCAGUGGCAGCUGCUCUUGCUUCAGAACCUACCAUUAUAGUACACCGCCUGGCAGUGUCUGGUGUACCAUUUAGUGCAACACCAGCAGAGCUACUGGAAAGGUUUGAGAUUGAUGCAAAGGCAAUAGUGAAAACUGUGAAAGACAUCAUUUCAAACUAGACAGAGUCCCCGUAUGGUGUAGCACAAUGGGCUGAAGUUCUAUUCUUUUCAGUGAUUUGUUUAUAUUAGAAAUAUACUUCAGGUUUUCCUUCAAUUUACUUAAUUGUAAGCUUUAAGAUAAUCUAUGAAAAUUAACUGUAAAAACUUUGAAAAUAGUCUUUAUAGUGAAAAUUGCCUAUUGUUUUACAGCAACUGUUUGUUUCUGCUCCGCUGGUGAGCUGAUAUGCACAAAAUAUGUCUAUUUAAUGGUGUACAGAUGGUUACAACUCCUGAUUUGUUUUUAAGUGAUACCUGUGGAAAACCCUACUUUAGUCUUUUCUUUCCCCUUACAAUUAUUUAAAAAGGCUACCUUCCCAAAGAUUAGAUGAGGUUUAAAGACACCAGAAACUAGAAGUGACUGUUAAUGUUAUUACUAGAAUAAUGCUUAAUAUGUUUGCAUGGUUUUUCUCUGUGAUCUAUUUUAGUAUUGGAAUCAAUGCAGUUAAAAUAAAUAAGCUAAUGUCUGUGCUAAAAUAAACAGAGCAAUGUCCUACAAGCAUAUUAAACUCUAUGCUCUUGACAGUGACUCGCCACUCGACUCCCAGGCUAUCUUCCUGGACUGAACCAGACUAUUCAAAACCUCAGUGUCCUAUUUAGGUCCAUGACAGCAUCCAUUCCCAUAUCUUCUCCAUUACAAAGAGUUCCCACUUCCACCUCUGUAAUUUUGCCCACUUUCAUCCUCAACUAAAGCAGUUUUGUUAAACCAUCAGCCAUUCCACAAACUACACUCUUCAGAAGUUUUGCUGCCUGGAUCCUAUUUCACAAAUUGUCUUGCUCACCUGUAACCCUGCCCUUGAUAAUCUAAUUGUUUGUGUCUAAAUCCCUUCUUGACUUUGCACCUUCUCAUGGCUUAUAGCUACUUCCCUUUGAAAGCUGUUCCUCUGAAUUUGGCCUUAUUUCUCCACCAUAAUUGAUUAUACCUUCUCUUGCAAUUGUGCUUUGGAAUUUCCUCAGUAAACGCAUUCAUGUCCCUCUCCUUCAUCAAGGUAUUUUAUAAUUGUUGCUGCUUUACAUCAUUUAAUAUAGUCAAAAUUAAUUUCUACACUGUAUUGCAUUUGAGUUUCACUCGACACAGCAAGAUUCUUAAUUCACUAAGUUGCAUCAUUCUCUCACCAAAACCUUUUUUUUUCAAAUAGCUACCGUGUGGAUGUAGCUAAUUUUCAGAAUCUUAUAACUCAGUUGUGUUCACAGAACCAAAGCACUCAUAACUUGGCUGAUGUGUGAAAGAAUAAAUAAUGGAGUUUUGUACAAGUCAGAGAUGCAUAAGUAACUCACUGCCUCCAUUUUACAGCUGGCAUAAUAUAAAAAAGGUUAUUUUAUGACUUAAAAUAUUUUAAUUAAAACAAGUGUUUUAAAAUGUUGCUUCUACAAUUUGAGACUCUACAAAUAUAUUCAACUUAAAAUUGAGGAGGUAAGAAAUGCAACAUUUGAUUGCAAGGUGCUGUGGCAUGGCAAAAUAAUAAAUUUUUUUUAACAACCGAGAAA